UAUCUCACUUCCUCACCUACAGCAGGUUCUUUGCUUAGUAUCAAGAUGCCGUGUCCAUUCCUUGCAAGGUUAUCCAACUCUUACAUCCGUAACUACAGUCAAAGUUUAUUGAAAAACUUUGGAGCUCACUGUCCAGUUAUGUCCAGGAUGGUGAACACACUAAAUUGUACAGAAAGUGCCGAAAUCAUGGAGGGUGCUCAGAAGUGCCCAUUUUUGGCAGAGGCGAAUAAAGAAUCAGCCAUCGUGAAAAAAGCAAGUCAGGAGAUGGAAGAUGAUGUGAUUGAUCUCUCUCCUGCGAGUUCAGAAGGAUGCCUUGAAUUGAAUCAUCAGAUCUCAUUCCAGUCCACAAGGAACUCUUGCUUUGUCGAUAAACACAUUCCAGCUUAUCGAGGUACUGAAAUGUUUCAAUAUGAUGAAUUUUUCCAUGAUCAAAUCAUGCGGAAAAAGAAAGAUCACUCUUAUCGAGUUUUCAAGAAAGUGAAUAGGUUAGCAACUCAUUUUCCGGCAGCGUAUGAAUAUUCAGAGAAAGAGAAGCCCAUUACAGUCUGGUGUUCUAAUGAUUACCUAGGCAUGUCAUGUCAUCCCAAAGUGAAGGAGGCUGUAAGAAAUGCCUUAGAAAUGUAUGGAGCUGGAGCUGGAGGAACGCGAAACAUUGCUGGAAACUCAAUGCCGCACGAAAAACUGGAAGAAGAUUUGGCAAGAUUACACAACAAAGAAGCAGCUCUUUUGUUCACUUCUUGUUUUGUUGCCAAUGAUUCUACUCUCUUCACGCUUGCCCAAGCCAUUCCAGGUUGUCAAAUAUUUUCUGAUGCUGGAAAUCAUGCAUCAAUGAUCCAAGGAAUCCGCAACAGUCGAGUACCAAAACAUAUAUUCCGACACAAUGAUCCUGAACAUUUAGAAGAGCUCCUAAAAACCAUUAGUAUAGAUGUACCAAAAAUUGUGGCAUUCGAAACUGUUCAUUCAAUGACAGGCGCAAUUUGUCCUCUGGAAGAACUCUGUUCGAUUUCGCACAAGUAUGGGGCUCUUACGUUUGUUGAUGAAGUGCAUGCUGUUGGGUUAUAUGGAGAACAUGGAGCAGGUAUCGGUGAAAAAGAAAACCAGUUGCACAACAUGGACAUCAUAUCCGGAACCUUAGGCAAAGCUUUUGGAAAUGUCGGAGGUUAUAUUGCUGGAACCAAGAAUCUAGUUGAUAUGGUUAGGAGUUAUGCAGCAGGAUUUAUUUUCACAACAUCUUUGCCACCAACUGUACUUGCUGGUGCCCGUGCAGCGGUUGAAAUACUAAGCUCAUUGGAGGGUCAGAUGCUAAGAAUGAAACAUCAGGAAAAUGUCAGUUACAUGCGAAAGAAGCUCCUAGAAGCAAGACUUCCGGUUGAGCAUACUCCGUCGCACAUCAUUCCAAUCAAGAUCGGUGAUCCCUUGAAAUCAUCUCAGUUAUCUGACACUUUGCUUCGAGAAAAGGGCCAUUAUAUUCAAGCUAUCAAUUAUCCUACUGUCCCAAGAGGAGAGGAAAAAUUACGCCUGGCACCAACACCACAUCACAGUAGAGAAAUGAUGGAUCAGCUCGUAUCAGAUAUGCUUAGCGUCUUCAACCAUCUGGAAUUACCCUUGAAUCAAAAUGUUUGCACUGAAGAAUGUACAUUUUGUAAGAAGCCUCUUUUGUUCGCUCACUACGAGGCUCGCACACGAGGUCUGGAGAGGAGUUGUGCUACUACUUUGGGCUGCGUCAUUCCAAACUGUCCCCAAAUUUCUGCAGCCGCCAAUUAAUUCUAUCUUUUAAGCUGUUGUUGUUGUUGCUGCUUAAUGUUUCCUCUAAUUUUUUGUAUCUUAAUGUUCGCACGCAGUUAAAUUAAUUGGUGUCCCAUCAGCCUAAAAGGUGCAAUAAGGAUAGCUCUAACAGUUCUAAAUUUUGUUUGUUAUAAUCUUUUGGUUACUCUUGUUCUUGCUAACAGAAAUGAAAUUAUCUUUAUUUUUCAUAAAAUUA